AUGAGUAGCCGACAAAACUCAGCAAACGAACUUCCAAAACUAUGUGAACGAGCAACUGAUAUUGCAAAUCGGGCCGUUAAUGAGGAUAAAAUAGGAAAUAAAGAAAAGGCUUUAGAGUUAUAUACAAAGGCUGCAGAGAUUUUCUUGAAGGCUAUUAAAGCAUCUUCGUACAAACUUACACAAAAAGAAAUUGACAUACUUAAACGUACAUCCCAUAUUAAUGGAAAAUCUUAUCUGCCAUGGCUGGAUGCAGAUUUAAAAGAAGAAUUUAAAUAUGAAAAACCAUUUUUGUAUGGGUCCAGACUGUAUCCAGACGGUACAUUACCUUUAUCGGAUAAACAAAUGGCUAACUUUGGAGCAUGGAAGCGACCAUGCCAAAUUAUGUCCAAUCCGAAAAUGAUCGUUAUGAUCUCCAGUUCUGCUAUUAAACAGGACAUUGUUACUGAUUGUUCAUUUGUCGCGUCUUUGUGCGCCAGUGCUGCACAUGAGCGAAAAUUCCAUAAAAAGGUCAAUGUUGUUAUUGAUGACCUGUUUCCAGUAUCUCGGGAUGGAACUCUAAUGUGUACCUUCUCUACAAACAAAGAUGAACUAUGGCCUAGCAUUAUUGAAAAGGCUUAUAUGAAAUUGAUGGGUGGAUAUAAUUUCCCAGGAUCAAAUUCCGGGAUUGAUCUACACACACUUACUGGGUGGAUCCCUGAGCUUAUUUUUAUUGAAGAAGAUGAUUUCGAUAAAGAGCACACAUGGAAACGAUUAUUGGGUAGUCAUGAAUGUGGCGAUGUCUUAGUAACUAUUUCCACAGGCGACGAUGAAGCUGAUGAUGUCGGUCUCGUUCCAACACAUGCAUACGCAGUGUUAGAUGCCCGGGAGAUUAAUGGUUUGCAAUUAUUGCAGGUUAAAAAUCCUUGGAGUAUGAAAAGAUGGACGGGACCAUAUAGCCAUUUAGAUGAAAUUAAUUGGACACCUGAGCUAAUGUCUUUGUCAAAGUAUGAUCGUUUACAAGCAAUUCACAAUGAUGACGAUUCUUUAGUGCUUAAGGAUGCAUUAAAUCUCGAAUAUAAUCCACAGUUCUGCUUAGAAAUAAAAAAUGAUACAGAGAAGGUUUCAGAAACUCGUAUCUUAUUAUCUAAACAUAUUAUGACCACUGGGGAGAACAGGGAUUAUAUUACUCUUCAUUUAUAUAAUAAUUCUGAUGGAAAAAAGGUUUAUUACCCAGAUGAUCCUUGUAAUAUG